ACGAAGAAGAAGAAGAAGAAGAAACGGUUCAAAAACCGGAAGCUGCCUACUGCGCAUGUGUUGUUUCUACAGAUUACUAAAUAAUGGAGCAGGCAGAACAAAAACAGGGAGGAACGAAUGAAGAGGACAUAGGAGGAGGAGGAAGAGAACUGGGUCAGAAGUCAGGGAUGAAGAGAAGACAUGAGGAAGAGGAGGAAACUUCACCCACUAAGAAGCUGGUGAGCGAUCAUGGUGAAAAGGUGGCGAGUCACUACAACACGCUGCAGGAAGUCGGACUGGUGGUUCGAAGUCAAAGCAGGAUCUUCUACAUGAGGAACUUCAACAACUGGCUGAAGAGUGUUCUGAUUGGGGAGAUCCUGGACCGGGUACAACGAGCAGGGAGCAGGAAUGUGUCGGUGUUGGACCUCGGCUGUGGGAAAGGAGGAGACUUGUUGAAGUGGAGAAGAGGAGGCAUCAGUCACAUCGUCUGUGCAGAUAUAGCAGAAGUGUCCGUGGAUCAGUGCCGGACUCGGUACGAAGAGAUGAAAAGGAAAAGUCAUUCCAACGAGAAAAUCUUCAGCGCUCAGUUUAUCGCCUCCGACUGUUCGAAGGAGGUUUUGUCGGAGAGGCUGGACGACCCUGAGCUGAAGUUUGACAUCUGCAGCUGUCAGUUUGUGUAUCAUUACUCGUUCGAGAGCGAGCAGAAGGCGGACAUGAUGCUGAGAAACGCCUGCGAGCGUCUCAAACCCGGAGGCUUCUUCAUAGGAACCACGCCAGACGCCUAUGAGCUGGUUAAACGUCUGGAGGCGUCAGACUCCCUGUCGUUUGGAAACGAAGUCUUCACAGUUUCCUUUGAGUCCAAAGGUUCCUAUCCGCUGUUCGGAUGUCAGUACCACUUCAGCCUCGAGGGCGUGGUCGAUGUUCCGGAGUUUCUCGUCUACUUUCCUCUUUUUGAACACAUGGCGAAGCGGUACAACAUGCGCCUGGUGCUGAAGCAGAGGUUCUCAGAGUUCUUUGAGGAAAAGGUGAAAAAGGAGAGUCACCGCAGCCUCAUGAUGAAGAUGAUGGCUCUGGAGCCUUUUCCCUGUGACGAUGGAGGUCAGCAGGCUACCGACAACAAGGAGCAGUACUGCCAUGCUAAAGAGCACUGCGGCAGACCUGGAGUUAGAAGGCCAGUGGGAACCCUGAGCAAAUCUGAGUGGGAUGCAACCAGUAUCUACUUGGUGUUCGUGUUUCAGAAAAUGUCCUGAUACUCAAAAACAAGCUCCGCCUCACAAACUAACCUCACCUGUUACUCAGCUUGUGUCUGUACAGUUUCUUUUUCUGUUGUCAUUUUUGAAUAUUUUUUUUUUUAUAAAAGUGUAAACUUGCUGGAGAAAUUAAGUCAAGCUGGAAAAAAAAAAUUAAAUCAGUUGUUCAGUCCUAUUUAUCGGAUUUUUCAUGUGGAUAGAAUCGUUGUACACAAAAGUCUUAUAGCAAAAAACCGUUUAGAGAGCAAUAAUUGUCAACUGAUGAAUUGUAAGUCCUGAAGUUGUAUUUGUUACAGAGCUGAUGCAAUAUUUAAACGCAACGCUGCGCUGAACAACGACGUCAACACCAUAAGAGAAAUAUGACAGUGUGCUGAAGGCGAAGUGCCUGAAAGAGCAGGAGCUUCUUAAAGAGACAGAGACCCAAUUUCAAGGCCGCAUUUUCACCACAUCAUGCAAAAGCAAUAACUUUACUAAUAACUUUUAAUUCUUACAUUAUUUUGUAAGAUUUUAACUCUUUUUUUUUUUUUUUUUUUACAACGCAUCACCUCGUAGCGGUUUACUUAAAGUCCCACCACAUGAUUUCAACCACGUUUAGGGUUGGACUUUGACUGGGCCCUGACAGAACCAUAUGUUUUUAUUUUUUACUUUCCUUGAUUUGAUGGUUCUGGAGAACAUUUAGCAUCUAGGUCCCCAGGUCAUUACACCGCCACCACCGUGCUUCACAGUUGGUCUGAGAUUUUAGGUGUUUAUUCAAAACUUCGCCUCUUUUAACCACACACUUCACUUAAUUCAUCAGUGUGGUUUCGCUCAAUUUUUUAAAAUUUCUUUUUAGUGUUUACAACUGUUGAUCAGUAGCCGUUACAGCGUUAAAUUCCCAUUGUCUUUCAUCAUGAAUAAAUAUUAAAUGUUUUAAGAAGCAUCUUCACUUCAUGCUGGGCAGGUGAAAAUCCAUGUUUUCUUGCAUCCAGGUGAAUUUGAAUAUAUUAGAAUAUCCUCAAACACUUUGAGUAAUUAAAUUUAAAAAGAGAAACUUGGUUAUUUCUGCUACUUUUACUUAUUUUGUCUACCAUGUUUUCCUUCCACUCAACUUUCCAUCAAUAUACUUGUAAUUUUCUACUGGAGAAUUGCCAGUUCCGCAGCAGUCUCCAUUGUCAUAGAUAACAUUUUGCUUUAAACAUUGUUUUUCCUGAACUUUGCUUGGUUUAUGGUGUUAUAAUUAAAUGACAAAAAAAAAUUAAACCAUUUGUGCAUAAAGAAAUUACAUUUCA